AUGUUAAGACCAGAACAUUUAAAGAUAAUUUUUAUAUUAUCAAUACUUAUUUGUAUUCUUUCUAUUGGUGGUUUAAUAACACUUAUAGUUAUUUGGGUUACUAAAUUAACACCAUUUCGAGAUUAUGCUGUUGUUGUUGAUGCUGGUUCAACACAUUCGAAAAUUUUUCUUUAUACAUGGCCUGCUGAUAAAUCCGAUGGACUUGGUAUAACAUCUCGAGUAACUCAAGUAAAAGCUUGUAGUGUACCUGGUGGACCUAUUACAUCAAUUAAAGAUCCAACUGAGAUUAAUACUCAACAAUAUUUUCAAUCGGCUAUGUCUGAUUGUAUCAAUGAAAUACCAUUAACUCGUAAAAGUCGAGCAUUUAUUUUUCUUGGUGGAACAGCUGGUCUUCGUUUAUUUGAAAUAAAAGAUUCAAAUUAUACAAAUAAUUUAUUAAGUAGUACACGUUCUUAUUUUAGUUCUCUUGGUGUUCAUUUUAAAGCACCAGAAAAUCAAGUUCGAAUAAUUAGUGGUAGUGAAGAAGGUCUAUCUGGUUGGAUAUCAACAAAUAUUCUUAUGGGUCAAUUAUUAAAAAAUAAUAAACCAUUAGAAACAUAUGGUGUAUCAGAUAUGGGAGGUGCUAGUACACAAUUCAGUUUUAUUGCUCCAGAUGCUAUGCAUGAUCGUUUUAGUAUGAAUCUUUUUAAUACAGCAUAUGAUAUAUAUUCACAUU